AUGGUUAAAAAGAAAAACCAGGACGCGGAUUCCCAAAAACCCACAGUAGAACUUCUUUCGGAGGAAGCGUGGAUGGCCCGCAGAAAUACAUAUAUGCAGCGUUUGGCGGAUCUUAGGACAAGUGUAGCCUUUAUAGAUGAUGCCAUCGAAGAGCACAAGGAGCUUCAGAAGCAAAAGUUGUCUAACGACAAGUGGAAUAGCUACUUGGCCUGUGAUGGAUUGCCCAAUCCCAGUCGUCCUGCCGAAAUUCGAAGAUUCCUAUUCCAGCUUCAUUUUUUGGAGCAAGAGUCCUGCGCCAAUGAAGUAAGCUGGGUUCUUUCUGUGGACGAGGGUAGUCUACUCUCUCAAGCACCCGAUAGAAGCGAUAUGACCCGCAAGAACUUGGAAAAGUCAAGGCCCAACGUAGGACAGCUCUACGAUGAAACAGUGCAACGUAUCCUGGCAACCAUAGAAAGAGUGGAGAGAGUUCUCCGUAACGAUGAUGAGCUCGUGCGUCUGCCAACAUUUCAAGUCCUGGAGUUGGAUAAGAUUCCUAAUGAACUUUAUGGGGAAAUUGAAAGCUUCUUUGACAAGCUGACCUAUCGCGUGGUCUGUUCUCCUGAAGCCUUGAUGACGAACAAGGAUUGUAUCUUGUCAUGCUACUGCUAUAAGUGCAGCAACUUUGACCUGGAGAUAUGGGGACUGCAGGAUGUACCCAUUCGUUUCAAUUAUUUAAAGCUACCGGUAAUGUGCUCGGACCUCAACUGCGUGGGUGUGACUAUUCAACUGCCGCUGAGUGUGCUUUGCGACAAUCUUACACUGCGGUGUGUGCGCACUUUCUUCGAUCCGCUCUCCCAUCUGGCCAAGAGCUUUGAGCUGGCCAUCGAUAGUUUUUCGAGCCCAAACUGCGGUCUGGUGGACAUAGGAGAUAGUGUAAUGAGCGAAUGGAUGGCCCAGAUGGACAUACAGGAGGACCUAGUGGCCCAAAUGGAAUCGGAAAUGCGGGCUUACAAUGAGGCCAUAUCUUUUAUAGCCGACGCCAAAGCAAAAGAACAAAAGAAACAUCACAAGGCAAAGAUAAAGAUUCCAAGCCCGCCAAAAAUGCCACAAGAGUUGCCAGAUGGCAUGUUUCCCGAUCCACUCAAGAUAUUUCUGGCACACGAGAAAAGGGAUUGCUCUGACUUCUUUAACAGAUAUUUCCAUCCGGACAAUAUCAACCUACUGCCAUCCGAGGUGAGCCUGCGUCGUUUCAUCAUUAUAGGUGGCAUAAUCUCACUGGUCUUUGUGCGAAAAGCCAAACAUACCGCUUUUGAGAAAUUUAAUAUAACGCUCCAUGAGGAUGGACGCCUACUACGGAAGUCGGUGAAUAUUCUAGACGUAUCGAAGGAGCGGGAAUCCAGCAGGAGCUCUACCAAAUGGGGAAUCGGUGCAGAUAUGAAGCGGAGUACCGUUGUCGAGGAAGCCCCUGAAGUUCCACUGCACUUGGCACCAAACGAGCUGCCCUAUUACUUUCUCAGCUUCAAGGUGCCCAAUCAUCUGUGCCUAUGGGGAGAACCCAUUGUUUGCCAAUUUGUUGAGGGCCAAAUGGAACGACCGCCGGAAGUUAAGGCAGAAGAAUUUGUGAAAAAGCUAGAUAAAAAGAGGAAAUAUGUGCGAAAGGCUUCCCGAAAGGAAAACGAAUCGGCACACAGAGUGGCCUCCACUUCAGGGCCCGUAGGUACGGCAGAAGAAAAGCCAUCGGAAAGUGAAAAGCCGACGUACCACCAGCCGGCUAGAGAAAAUUCCACCAAUAUCUAUCGCCCCUCGGCUUUGGCAAUUGUGCGGCAGAGUGCGAUGGAAACGGGGCAGAUGCAACAUGAAAAUGGGUUCAAAAACUUUAAGCUGCUGGAAGGGCCAAUAUCGAGAAAAAAUCUACGCCUUCUGCAGGAUCAAUGCUUGCCCAGGAUAAUAUCCUCGCUGAAUUUCCCGCGGGACUUCAAGGAUGAUAGGUUGGAAGCGCAGGCCUUGAAAAAAACUCCGGGUACUCAACUUUACAAAAGGCGAGUGACCGAAUCACUGGCAUCUUCACAAAUGGAGGAGUUCUGUUUCAAUUACGAAGACCAGUCCAAUCCAGAACGCAUGUUUCCGAAGUUUCCUUUAAUGAGCGACUUGCAUGAGGAAACUGACCGCAUGGAUAGCUUGAAUGAGGAUGAUACCAUGAUUGGCCUUGUAAGAACAUUGGAAGGCAUUAAGGACAAGUACUUGGAUGCCCCGAAAAGAAUAGUGGAACAAAACACCUACGCCGUCAGAAUGAGCAGGAAAACUUUUGAGCAUCCCCUUCCUGCGACUCGAUCUCAUCGACAGAGCUAUUUCGGAAGACGGUCCAUCAGACAAUUGGGAUUAGAGGGUAGCACGCAGAGCAUAUCUCGACCGAUGGAAAUAGAAUACGAAUUCAGUGAAGCCGGCGAAACUGUUGAACGAAAAGAUAGUCGACUGCCCUCGAGUAUUUUACCUCAAAGUUCGGAACCCAUUAACGUCGCCCACUGGACUACCGAGUUCAUCCUGGAGUCAAGUUUUAAUAGGCAGAGCAAGGUGGUUAUGGUGAAGACAGAUCGACUGGGAUAUUUCGGAUUCGCCUAUCCACGAUACGCGCACUUCCCCUUCCGCCACUGGGAGUUGGAGAAGAACGAGCAGAAUCCCGACGAGAUAAUCCUAACCUUGGACACCUACCAUGUGCGAGUUGUCUUCUUCGUCAGCAGCGAUGGCAUCCGGUGCCAUGCGAUAGAUGUACCUAAGGAGUACAUUGCCAGACCAUUCAAAUAUAUCGAUAUCGAUCAGCCCAUCUCGGACUUCGUCGAGCUUCGCAAGCGCCUUCAGGACAUGAACCUGAACGUGUUUGCGGAGCUCGACGCCUGUUUCUACAUAGAUCAGGGCUACUUCUCGCAGAAGCACCUGGCGGCAGAGUUGCAUGUCUACGAUGUCAUCGCCGUGCACAUCAAGCUGAUGAAGUUCAGCCGUAGCCAGUGGAAUCGUCUGGCGAAGGAUCGGGAUCUCGUGCUUUGUCUACGAAAUACCAGGGAUCUGCACGAUGGAUCGGAGGUCACUGUCCGGGUGACGCCCGAGGUCGCGAGCUUCGUGGAAGUUUCGGAGCUCUGUUCCGACGAUACCAAAGUGAUAAAGCUGCAUUAUAAAAGCACCUGGCGUAAUAUUGGGACUUACUCGGAUCUGCACCAGCUGAUCAACUCCAUGUACCCACAUGCCACGGAUAUGCGCAAUCGCGAUGCCAACCAGAUGUACUAUCUGCGCCAGCUCCUGCAGGAGAUCAGACCCCUGAGCUUCUCCUAGGUCCGCGAACGCUGCUCAAAUGACACAGACCACAGUGCACACUUUCCAAUUACCAGCAAUUAAACUCAAUUGCCGUAACGAA